CCUACCUUAAGGUACCUUAGGUAUCUGGAGCUCUUAUCUUAUCGGUACCUUGGUCGUCAUCCGAGAUGGUCGCUUUCGCAUUGUUUGUCAUUGCUUCCAUUGCUUCAACUCUGGCUCUUUACUCCUCGAUCUAUAUACCUUUCGCACCUCGCAAACCUAGAAGUAUGGCAUUCAAGCCACUAGUGACAACUUGAAUACAUAAUUCUUUGGUCUCUCCAGGUAAAGACACAUUCUCUACCCCGCGGCUUACGCAGAAAAGCCCAUGAUGGAUUCGUGAUGGAGAAGUGGGUUAUCCGAUGAGAAGAGGGGUACCAAUAGGUCACGAAUACCGGCCCAAUUGGGACAGCUCUGGCCCCCCGUCACGCAAUCACAUUGGCCUUCGGACGACAGCUGUAUCGCCAUGUCUUGGCUUUCUCUGUUCUGAUAGGACCAGGCAACGCUGCCAGCGAUAAGACAACAAGUCCCAGAAAGGUUGCAUUGCAUGGCUGCCUCUUCAAGGCUGAGCAACAACACCAACUGGCGCAUACAGACAGACAACUGGAUCCAAUCCCCAAACUUGGAAACCUGUACUUGCCUCAUUCCCAGCCCGCGUGUUCAGCAAGUCUCAAAGUGAUACACGGCAGGCAACAGAAAGGCAGGCAGACGCCAGGUCACCUUUCCUCACCUUCACCCCCCCCUCGACUCCUCACCGAGCUAUUGCCCAUAAGAGGCCAUCCCCCCGACGUCCUCAAUACCAUCUUCUCUUCUUCUUACAUCCUCUCUCUCAACCUUCAACAUCCCACACUUCUCUUGACAUCCUCUAAACUUCAACAACUUCGCAGCCUCUACCAGAGUCUUUUCGCCAAGACAUUCACUGAAUAUCCUGUCUUCCCAUACCAACUCUGAUACUACCUAGUCAUUCAUCAUGGCCGAUCACGUGUGCUACGUCGUGCCUCCCCACCUGCUCAAGGCCAUCGCCGACGCCGAGUGCAAUAGCGAGCAUACGCGUCAUGCCGCGAGACAGGCUUUGAGCCUCCGCGAGCAGUUCACCACCCGUCGUGCCGAGCGCCUCGCCAUCCUCGGUGGUCCUCGCGCCCAGCGUCACCAGCUCUCCUCCCACUCCCGCCCUUCCAUCGUCCCUGAUAUCUUGCUCCAGCACAUUGCCGAUUCAACGGAUGUCGACGAUGACACCAGAGCCUGUGCCAAGAGGGAUCUUGACCACAUAAGAGGUGUUCAGCAAAAGGUUCAACAGGUCCAGCAGGGCGAAGUCGAGGGUCCACAGGACCAGGUCACCCUCGCUGCCACUGCCGGUAAGAAGGACGACAAGUUCUACCGGGCCAUCUAUGACGCCAAGAACACCGAGAACGAGAGCAAGUUGCCUGGUGAUGUGGUUCGUGUGGAGGGCCAAAAGGCUGUCGACGACAAGGCAGUCAAUGACGCGUUUGACAAUGUUGGCGAGGUGCUGAAGAUGUACAAGGAGAAGUUCAACUGGAUUUCCAUCGACAACAAGAACAUGCAUGUCAUCAGUUCCGUCCACUUCGGUCAGAAGUACGAGAACGCAUUCUGGGAUCCAGAGCGUAUGCAGAUGGUGUUCGGAGACGGCGGAGAGUUCCUGAGUAACUUCACUGGAACCAUCGACGUCAUCGGCCACGAACUCACCCACGCUGUGACUGAGCACACCAGUCCCCUCGACUAUCAGGGAAUGAGCGGGGCUCUCAACGAGCACGUUUCCGAUGUUUUCGGCAUCAUCGUGAAGCAGAUUGUCGAAAAGGAGGAUGCCGAGAGUGCCGACUGGCUCAUUGGCGAAGGCUGCAUCAUGCCCGGUGUCAAGGGCGUUGCUCUCCGGAGCAUGAAGGAACCUGGCACUGCCUACGACGACCCGCGAUUCGGAAAGGAUCCUCAACCAGCUCAUUUCAAGGACUACGUUCCGACCUUCGAGGACAACGGCGGUGUGCACAUCUACUCGGGCAUCCCGAACAAGGCUUUCUAUCUUGCGGCGAAGGGCUUUGGCGGUUUCUCGUACGAGAAGGCUGGUCCCAUCUGGUGGAAGACCAUGAACUCGGGCCGUGUUCCUCCCAAGUGCACAUUCAUCCAGUUUGCCGAUGUGACGACGGAGAUCGCGGAGGAAUUGUAUGGAGAUGAGGCAGGCAAGAUCGUGAGGGAUGCCUGGAACGAGGUCGGCGUGACCAGAAAGGGCAAUUAGGAACCGAAGCUGCCACCUGGCUGCAAGCCCAUGUAAUGCGGUGUUGGGGACAGUUCUUCCAGUCUUUCCAAUGAGUAACCCACGAGUAUGUCUACGUAGGAACAGAGUUACCUAGAAACCUAUCAGAAUCGAUUUCUCGCUCUG